AUGGUGAAAAGUGUUAUGAGUUCACCCACUCGUGCUAUUUCUAGCGGAAAUGUCUCAACUGAUUCUACCUCCAGAAGUUCGACAACUAUCAAGUUACGAUUGCUGGUUAGCUUACUUGUAUUGAUAACAAUGGGUUUGAUAUGCCAAUUAUGCCAGAUAAUGUGCUCGGAUAGUGGUACUUCUAAAAUUGCUAGUCUCCUGAUUUUAUUCAUUGCAUUUUUUGGACAUGUCUGGAUGAGUAUACAUUCGUGUGCAUUAACCAGAGCUCGAAAAGCUUUUUUCGAUGAAUCAAAUGUAUUGGAAACAUAUCAACCACGGGCAAGAACAAUGGGACAUUUAUUUUGUCCUGAACCACCAACACCAGCGCCAACUGUGAAAUUUUCGGAAAAUAUUGAUGAAAACAAAGAGAAGCGAUCCAAUGAAGAAAAUGCCGCAUUUAAUGCUAUGCGAGAUUCGCAUUAUGCAAAUAUGUUUGAAUAUGCUAUGAAAAUGCAAAAAGAAAUGCAAGCAAUGGAAAAAGCCAGUAAUCAACCUGAAUCAACUAGCUCAUCAAUAACCGAAACAUCUGUAACACAAACCUCACAGUCCCAGUCAACUCCUGGCCAACAACAGUCAGCAAGCGAUUCAUUAUCACGAAUGGAAAAUCCAUCUGAUAAAUCAUCACUGUAAAGAAAUGUUUAUUUAAACUAAUCACUGGGAUCAC